AUGCGUUUCGUACUCCUUGCCAUUAUCGCCAUGGGCAGAGCUGUCAUGGCCGACAACGAGGCCUCACCCGCCCCCAGCAAGCUCGCAACUGGCGCUGCUUGCAAGAAGGAUGGAAGCAUGGGAGUUUGUACGAGUAACUUUUGCUUGGUGCGUGAUAUCUUUGAGCAUAUGGGACCUGCCAGGGAGACUAAUUUGAAUACCCAGCAAAUGCCGACGGAUGACACUGGCGUUUGUCAGUAG